AUGUUUUGGCAGCUUUGCUUCAUCUUGGCUGCUCUGGGGCCCAGUCUGGCGCAUGUGCGUCUGGCGUCCAGCACCACCGAGCGAAGUGCUCAACUGUUUCCACAGCAGCAAUGGCAGCUUAGGAGCCACAGCAGCACAGUUAAGCCUGCUCAGAGUGUAUUUUAUAUGAAGCUGCUGCCCGUGGCUCACUGUGAGCCAGUGGACUUCCAGCAUAACUACAAAGUGUUGACUGCAGCUGGCGAGGUGACCUUUGAGCCGCAUCUGAAUCAUUUCGCACGCACCAGAGCUGGAGAGUGGGCGAGCAUGCGGGAUCUCUGCUUGGAUGAGCAGGGUCUGCCCUGGCGGCGACUGUGCAACGCAAGUGCUCAGUGGGCCGCCCUUGGCAGUGUGAACUGCAGUGCCGGCAGCCAGUUGAGCCGACAGCUCAGUCAGCUGCGCGAAGGUGUCCAGAGUAGGCGCAGCACAGCCUUCGCCUUGACCGAGCUGCGGCAUUUAUUGAGUGAGGCACGAGGCCAGCUCGCUCCGGUGGAUGUCUACAGCACGGCGCAAAUAUUUGCAGAGCUGCUCGAGCAGCAGCAGCCGACGGAAGCGGUGAGCGCAGAUCUGGUCGGCAUUUGCCGGGAGAUCAUGGCAAGCGAUGAGCAGGUGCUGCGGCUCUCAGCAGAGCUGAAUGCAACCAACUCGCUUCUGAGCAAGUUCGAGGAUUACAUGGAUGCACUGCCUCCGCAGCUGGUGCCGAGCGAGAGCUGUGGGAAGUCGAGAGCUGAGGCGGACAAAUCCACUGAGAAGGGCGUGCAAACCGUUAACUAUGCGGAGCAGGGCGUGCAGGCGCUGAUGAGCCGCAAUCUGAGCGUGUUCUAUGUGAAUCCGAAGUGUGAGAAUAUCACAGGAAUAUCCAUAUAUGCAGCAGGAGCUGCGGAUCGCAAGAGCGCCAGCAGCGGCUUCUGGUAUCGCCUUCUGUAUGCCAACGAGAGCCUGGAGCAGCUGAGAGCAGAGAGGGACUUGCAAACGGGCACCUACCUCCCGGCGCAGCUGUGGGAGCAGCUCAGCCAAAGAGGCGCCUCAUAUCUCGUAUUCAAGGUCUACGCUCACGACGGACUCUUCGUGGAGAGGGCUCAGCAGCGUAGUCAGAGGCCACGCAGCCAAGUGCUGUCCAUAUCCAUACCAGGCUUCGAGGUUCAGUUGCCUGCGCCGCUGCCCUUUCUGCUGCCUCGUGUCGGAGUCUCUGCCAAGGGCAGCCAUUGUGGCUAUUGGAACUAUGGGAGCUGGCUCAGCGAUGGAGUGAGCACAUGCGGCGGUCACUACGAGGAACCUAAUGUGCUCUGCGAGGCGCAGCAUCUGACGCAGUUCUCCUUUCUGAUUGGCGGCAGCUUCACUCAGCACUCGGUGGAGGAAUCGGAUGUGCAGCUGGAGGCGGCACAUGAGCAGCUGCUGGACCUGAUCACCCAAGUGGGCUGCGGCCUCUCGCUGUUCGGAUUGCUCUUCAUCUUUCUGACUGCGGCGCUGGUUGAGAAAUGGCGCAGUCAGGCCUCCACCAAGGUGCUGCUCCAUCUCUGCCUGGCCCUCGCCCUGCAGCUGCUGUUCUUCGGCUAUCUGGGGGCAGAGCAAUUACCUCUGAAGCAGAGCUGGAACCGCUGCCUGAUAUCGGGCGCUGCGCUGCAGUACUCUGUGCUGGUCAUCUUCAGCUGGAUGCUGAUCAUAGCCUUUCUGCAGUUCCAGCGUUACGUGACAGUGAUAGGCGUGGCUCGGCCCAGUCACUAUAUACUCAUCUCGGCCUUGGUUGCCUGGACGCUGCCACUGCUGCCCACAUUCUUGGUCGUUCUGCUCGACGCCGACUCCUUUCAGCCGUCGCAGCAACAGCUGAAAGGCAACGCGGCUUUGUGCUAUCCCUCUGGCUAUGGCCUGGCGCUGGGCGUUGUGCUGCCCAUUGGCUUGGUAACCUUUGCCAACGCCUUCAUGAUGCUCUGCAUCAUUUAUAGCAUUCAUCGUGCCCUCAAUCCACGGCGCCAGCUAAUUAUACAGCAGCUGCGUUUGUCCGUCCUGCUGUUUUUUCUGCUGGGCCUCACCUGGAUCUUUGGCCUGUGCAGCUAUAUGCGCCUGGGCAUUAUAUUCUCCUAUCUCUUUUGUCUCAGCGCCACGCUGCAAGGCUUUGUGCUCUUUGUUUAUUUUGUGCUUUUGAAUGCCUCAAAUCGACACGCUUGGCUGAGUCUUAUUUGUUCCAGGCAGAUGAAAAUAAAUAUGCCCAAUGCGGAACGACAGUCUAUGUCCACCUCGUCCAGCAACACUUCCAGACGAACCCAAUCCUCAGUGAAGUCCAUUUGA